AUGAGUGGUCAUAAAGCAAUAAAUAGCACUAAAUUAUCAUUCAAAUAUUUGUCUACUGUUUUCGAAUGUCACAGAAAAACCAUCUAUGGUGUGUCGUUUAACCCCUAUGUUACUGAAAAUCCACAUUUUGCUACUGUUGCCGAAAAUCGUGUAUCAGUUUAUUGUGUGCCAAAAGGUUCACCAUCCAUUAAAUUAUUGAGAAGUUUUCAAGACCCAGUGAAAGAAGAGGCUUUUUUUACUGUCUCAUGGGCCUAUGAUAUAGAUAGCGAUGCCCAUGUUGUUGUUGCUGGUGGCGCUCAAGGUGUUAUUAGGGUUAUUGACGUUGCGGCAGAAAAUGUAAUUAAUACGUUAGUUGGACAUGGUGAUGCUGUUAAUGAUGUUCAAGUAUGUCCAAAUGAUUCUAUGAUAAUUGCAUCAGCAAGCAAAGAUUUUACAGCUCGAAUAUGGAAUAUUCGUAAUAGUGCAUGUUUGGCAAUUCUUGGAGGUGUUGAUGGGCAUUUAGAUCAAGUUAUUUCGGUGGUUCGCUUCAAUUUUUUAGAUUUUGAUGCAUCGUGCGAAUUCCUUGCUUCAUCAAGCAUGGAUCAUACCAUAAAGUUGUGGCAUAUUGGUCCAGGUAGUGGUGUUGAUCGCAUGAUUGAGCAAUCAAACUGUGAUCUGAAAUUGGUAGAUAAUCCGGCUGAAAUCCAUUAUCCUCGAUGUAGCACUCGCGAUAUUCAUACGAAUUACGUGGAUUGUGUACGGAUAUUUCAUCAGCUAAUUUUUUCGAAGUCAACUGAAGAUGAAAUAAUUCUUUGGAAAUUUGGUGACUUACAUGAUAAAUUAUACGGGCAAGGCAAUAAAGUAAAAACAGAGAAUGGUGUUUUUCAGUUUUGUCGUUUAAUAUUACCAAAUUCGAAUAUGUGGUUUAUCAAGUUUGAAAUUGAUCCAAAGGGGAGAUUUAUUGCUUGUGGAACUCAGAAUGGUGAUAUUCAUGUCUGGGAUUUGAAAAACGGAUCAUUACCUUCAGAGCACAGUACCGUGGUGAUACGACCAAAGGAUGUUUGGUGUACAAUACGGCAAUUGGCUGUAAGUCCUAAUGGUGAGCAUCUGAUUGCUGUUGCUGACGAUGGAAGUAUUUCAAGGUUUUCUUGUUAA